AUGGGAUGCACUUCAUCCUUAGGACAUGCUAAAGUAAUAAGAAGUACGAAUCAGCUGAAAAGGGCUGACAUAUCAAGCAAGAAAACAAGAUGCACUAUGAAAGACCUGAGCUUUAAGAUGUGCAGAUCGACGAAAACAAAAGAGGACUUGUUUGCGAUUGGCGAGGUGAAUCCAGUAAUGGAGGAAUCAAUGAGGUAUAAUGAAUUCUGUGUUUCUGAGUGUAGUAAAUUAUAA